AUGGAAAAGUCUAGUAUUGAUUUGAAUCGUGAAACAUCAUCGACAUCUGUUUCUGAAACCCAACCUAAACAUGGUGUUGAAGGGUUGGAAAAUGUAGUUCUACACAAUGAAGAUGAAUCAAGACAUAAAGGUAAAGUCAAAUGGAGCAAGGAAGACACUAUACUUCUGAUAAGUGGGUGGCUUAAUACAUCUAAGGAUGACAUUGUGGGGAAUGACCAAACUUCUACACAUUUCUGGGCUCGGAUCGUAGAAUACUACAACACCAACCAAAAAGUACAACAAGCACAUCACAGUGGUUGGUUUGAUGAGCAAAUUCUUGAGAAUGCACAUCAAUUGUACAAAUCUGAAAAUAGCAACUCAAAUUUUUUGCUUGUGGACUGUUGGAGAUUGCUAAAGGAUGAACCGAAAUGGAAUACAAUGUACCAACCAAAAUGUGGUAAGAGAACAAAGGUGUCAGAAUUAGGGGCAUUUACUUCUUCCAAUGCAGACAUCAAUGAUGAUGAAGUACGUGAAGUGCGCCCAACUGGCCACAAGGCAGCAAAGAGAAAAGGAAAGGAAAAAAAAGACACACAUACUAGAUUUAUAGAGAUUAGUGAACGGAAAGCAUCUGCAUUGGAGAAAUUGGUGGCAAUAAAGGAGAAAGAGGCUGAAGAUAAUAGGAUGACAAAAUACAUGGAUUAUCUCAUCGUGGACACGUUGCAUAUGACUCCUAAACAAAAGAAAGAACAUGAAAACUUCUCAACAAGACAAGGAAGAAAGAGAGCACACAUUGAUAGUGGUCAUGUAGAAGGACACCAACAUUUGUUCGAUGAUUACUUUUCUGAUGAACUGGUGUAUACAGAAUAUCAAUUUCGAAGAAAAUUUAGAAUGCGUAGACAUGUAUUCCUACGCAUAGUGCAAGCUCUAGAAAAUCAUUCGGAGUAUUUCCAUAUGAGGUUUGAUGCAAUCGGUAGAAGGGGGCUUUCGCCAUUACAGAAGUGCACCGCUGCUAUGCGAAUGCUGGCAUAUGGAAAGCCUGUCGAUUAUGUUGAUGAGUAUGUUCGAAUUGGUGAAACCACCGCUAUUAAAUGUCUAGUCAAUUUUGUUUGGGGAGUGAAUGAUAUUUUUGGGACUGAAUAUUUGAGACGGCCCACUGCCUCAAGGAGAGAAAAAAAAAUUAUUUGCCUGAUGCCAAGAAGCGGUACGCAAAGAUGUUGA